AUCUGGUAGCGCGGCUACGAUGGCGGCGGCGUUUGAAGCCACAGCGGCCUUAGAGACCAAGGAGACUGCUGUGCCCGCGGAGCAUGUGGCCCCACAGGUCUCGGAGCCCGCCUCCGGGCCCAUGCGGAGCCUACGGACGGCCCACGACAUCAGUGGCCCGCGGACCCGCACGGGGGACGUACUGCUGGCGGAGCCCGCGGACUUCGAGUCGCUGCUGCUGUCGCGGCCGGUGCUGGAGGGGCUGCGAGCGGCCGGCUUUGAGCGGCCCUCGCCCGUGCAGCUGAAGGCCAUCCCGCUGGGACGCUGCGGGCUCGAUUUAAUUGUUCAAGCAAAGUCUGGCACUGGGAAAACCUGUGUAUUCUCCACUAUUGCUUUGGAUUCUCUUGUUCUUGAAAACUUAAGCACCCAGAUUUUGGUCUUGGCUCCUACAAGAGAAAUUGCUGUACAGAUACAUUCUGUUAUCACAGCUAUUGGAAUAAGAAUGGAAGGCUUAGAGUGUCAUGUCUUUAUUGGAGGGACUCCAUUAUCUCAAGACAAGAUCAGACUUAAAAAGUGUCAUAUCGCUGUUGGAUCUCCAGGCAGAAUUAAACAACUGAUAGAGCUUGAUUACUUGAACCCAGGCAGUAUACGUCUCUUUAUUUUGGAUGAAGCGGAUAAGCUUUUAGAAGAAGGCAGCUUCCAGGAGCAAAUAAAUUGGAUUUAUUCUUCCUUGCCUGCCAGUAAGCAGAUGGUGGCCGUAUCAGCUACUUACCCUGAAUUUUUGGCUAAUGCUUUGGCAAGGUACAUGAGAGAUCCCACUUUUGUAAGACUAAACUCCAGUGACCCAAGUCUCAUAGGUUUGAAGCAGUAUUACAAAGUUGUUAAUUCGUACCCUUUGGCCCACAAGAUUUUUGAGGAAAAGGCUCAGCAUUUACAGGAACUGUUCAGCAGAAUUCCAUUUAAUCAAGCCUUAGUCUUUUCUAAUUUGCACAGCAGAGCGAAGCAUUUGGCUGAUAUCCUUUCUUCUAAAGGCUUUCCUGCAGAGUGCAUUUCAGGCAACAUGAAUCAGAAUCAGCGUCUUGAUGCUAUGGCUAAACUGAAGCAGUUUCAUUGCAGAGUCCUCAUCUCCACAGAUUUGGCUUCCCGUGGGAUCGAUGCUGAGAAGGUGAAUCUGGUGGUAAAUCUGGAUGUGCCGUUGGAUUGGGAGACAUAUAUGCAUCGGAUUGGCAGAGCUGGCCGUUUCGGGACUUUGGGCCUGGCGGUGACCUACAGCUGUCGGGGAGAAGAAGAAAAUACGCUGAUGAAAAUUGCCCAGAAAUGUAAUAUCAACCUCCUGCCUUUACCAGACCCCGUUCCUCCUGGCCUUAUGGAAGAAUGUUCGGAUUGGGAUGUGGAGGUUACAGCGGCUGUGCACACGUACAGCUUAGCAGGCGCACCCGGCCAGACGCUAAAAAAGCAAAUUCAAAAAAUGGAAAGAGCCCCUCAGACCCCGAAAGCUCAUGGUAACCAUGUGGCUUCUUGUAGAAACACUUCCGUCUCUGCAUUAUCAGCCAAGUCAAAAAUCACCACCAAACAGAAGCUCCCUGUGAAAAGCCACUCAGAGUGCGGACUCCUGGAAAACGCAGCGUCACCCCAGGCCCCGGGCCGCGCCGUGCAGGUGGAGGGGCAAAUGAAGAACUCUGUUGAGAGCCCAGCUGAAAACUCGAACAGUGGUCAGCACCCGGUCAAAGAAGAGUCGCCAGUGUCACUCCCCCAGAUUCCCUGUCUGUCUGCCUUCAAAAUCCACCUGCCAUGCACGUGGACUUUCGCAGAAUUGGUAGAGGAUUAUGAACACUAUAUUAAGGAGGGGUUAGAGAAACCUGUGGAAAUCAUCAGGCACUACACAGGUCCUGGGGAUCAGGCCGCGAAUCCUCAAAAUGGUUUUGUGAGAAGUCGGAUUCCCGAAGAAAGAGUCCGGGUGCUGGUAAGUAGUAGCCAGUCUGGGAACUCUGAGAGUGACAGCGAUUCUUACAGCUCACGGACUUCUUCCCAGAGCAAAGGAAGUAAGUCCUGCGUGGAAGGCUCUUCUGGUAUUCAGCUGAAAGACUUGGAGUCUACCCCCGUGGAUGGCCGUAUCUCUUUGGAACAGCCUCUGAAUGGAAAUGACGCCCCUAAUCUAAGAGAGCAUCAAGGAGCACCUGAAAUCCAGGUGAAGGCAAGGCAUAAAGAGGGGGCCAAACAGAGAGUGAAGCAGGGCCGAAGAGACGCAGCUAGGCGGCCCUCCUAUCGGUUGCAGGCAGAGCCCCGGGAAGAUGAGUGGUCUGACGGCCGUGGGGCAACCCACGUGGGUUUUCCUGGUGCCUGUCAGGGUUAUGAAGAGUAUUGGAAGGCCUACUACAGGGCGUGGCACGAAUACUAUGCUGCUGCUUCGCAGUCGUAUUACUGGAAUGCUCAGAGGCACCCGGGUUGGAUGGCGGCCUAUCACAUGAAUACCGUUUAUCUGCAAGAAAUGAUGCGUGGCCAUCAGUGAUGAUGGGCCGUACCUCAGACCCCCUGAAGUACCAGUGAGCCAGACCUGUGGGUAGCCAUCCUCCUUGACCUAUAGGAGAGGGGCGCAUAGUGGCAUUUUUGAGGAACUUGAAGUCUCAAGUCUUUUUGCGUGGAUACCGCUAUUUUUCCGAUUGUUUUGACCUACCAGGUAUAUUACCUAUUUUUAAGAAACUUAAUGGGUCAGAUUCUUAAGAGAAAUAUUUUGGGACAAAGAGCUAAAAAUGCCGGGGUGCCAUCUUCUAUAAGCUGUUCCAAAAGGAAACAUUUGAAAAGACAUAUUACUGCUUACUUAAAAAAAUAAAAACAGGUGAGAUUUGAAAAACGCUAGCUUAUGCUACGGAGUUCUUUACAAAAGGCUUGGGCAUUUUCAUUGAGGUACGUCUGUUCUUGUAGAAAUUCAUAACAUGGUGGGUCAGAAAAUCCCCCUUUUAGGAUUAUGCAG